UCGGCCAAUCGUCUCAGGCGUACAGCUGCGUAUUUUCUUUUCCGUAGCGAAGGAAGGAGCGGUUUCGAGGCGCCUCACAGCACGUUUAGAUUACCGCAGCCAAGCGAAGACCGUUUUCUUGUCAGUUGUCUGGACCGGUGUGCCAGCUCCUUGUUUUUCCACAUUCAGAGAGAUCAUGGACAUAAAAGAAGAACCGCAAGACGAUUCUCCUUUCAGCACAGAAACAAAUGGCAAGCGUCCCGCCGAGGAUGCAGAUCAGCAGAAAUCGUUCAAGCGCUCCAGGAGCUCGGACGAGAUGAUUGAGCUCCGCAUCCUCCUGCAGAGUAAGAAUGCAGGGGCUGUAAUCGGGAAGGGUGGCAAAAACAUCAAAGCACUGCGUUCAGACUACAAUGCCAGUGUGUCAGUCCCAGACAGCAGUGGGCCCGAGCGCAUCCUGUGCAUCUGCGCCGACAUAGAGACCAUCGGUGAGAUCCUGCUCAAGAUUAUUCCAACUCUGGAGGAGUACCAGCAGUACAAUGGAAUGGAUUUUGAGUGUGAUCUCCGUAUACUGAUCCACCAAGGCCUGGCUGGCUCCAUCAUUGGAGUCAAGGGAGCCAAGAUCAAGGAGCUCAGAGAGAAUACAAAGACCAGUAUCAAGCUGUAUCAGGAUUGCUGUCCUCAGUCGACGGACCGCGUUGUGCUAGUUGGGGGUAAAAUGGAGCGUGUGGUUGAAUGUAUCAAGACCAUGCUGGAGGUCAUCAGUGUCGCUCCAGUCAAGGGCCGCGCACAGCCGUAUGAUCCCAAUUUCUAUGAUGAAACCUACGAAUACGGAGGCUUCACAAUGGCAUUUGAGGAGAGAGGCAGCAGCAGCAGCCGCCGACUAAUGAGCGGAUUCACUUCGCGAGGUAGCAGGCCAAGCGCUGGCGACCGUGGCUACGAUCGAAUGUCGUCAAGCAGGUCUGCACGGGGACCGCCGCCCCACUCUCGGAGGGAUUAUGAUGACAUUAGCCCCAGGCGGGGUCCUCCUCCGCACCAUCAGAGCAGAAACCGUGGCCACACUAUGUCCAUGGGUCGCUCACACAGAGGCGGAGAUGAUCGUUACUAUGACUCAUACCGUGGCUCUGAUGAAAGGUCAAAUGACAGAAGAGGCAGAACGGAUCGCUACAGCGAUAACAUGAGUGGAGGAGGAUAUGACAAUAGUUCUUCCUGGGAUAGCUACCAGUCAGGUGGGCGGAGCUCCUACAAUGACCCUGUCAUUACCACACAAGUGACCAUCCCCAAAGAUUUGGCGGGCUCCAUCAUCGGAAAGGGCGGCCAGCGAAUCAAGCAGAUUCGCCAUGAUUCUGGCGCGUCCAUCAAGAUCGACGAGCCGCUCGAGGGCUCUGAGGACCGCAUUAUUACCAUAAUGGGCACCCAGGAUCAGAUCCAGAAUGCCCAGUACCUUCUACAGAACAGUGUGAAGCAGUUCUCUGGUCAAUUGCUGUAGACACCCCCAGGAUUGACUCAAGCAGAUUGCCCCCCCCCCCUUUCCCUCCCCUAUUCACAGCCCCCUCAGACUAUUAUUCUGGAUUGUGGGUUCUUUUUGGGGGGCUAAUUUUAUUUUUGUAUUUUAAUGCAAUGUUCAACAUUCCUGUGCAUCAUAUUCUGCAUUCUUUAAUAUAAAAAAUGUAGUUCUUUAGUUUACCUACUUACUGUUUCAAAAUACACUUAUCAGAAAAAUGUCUCCUGGAAAAUAAACCUAUUUGUGAUUUUUUUUUUUGUGUGUGUGUGUGUGUGCGUGUGUGCACGUGUGUGGUGUUGACUCACACAUCCCAUUACUGGUCUAGAAUAUCCAGAAUUAUAAGAAUUUGAUCGUUCAAACAGUUUUGGGCUGUGUCAGGAGACAUAACAGGACACUGGCUUUAUCUAUUAGAAUGUUCAUAAGUGUUGUCAUGUGAUUUAAAUUUAAUAGUUUACACCCAGUCAGAAAGCCAAAAGAAUUUUUGUUUGGAAAAUUGAAUAAAAAUGAAUAAAGCCCACAUCUGUUCUCUUGACUGGAGUCAAUUGAUGUCCAUGCUGUAAAACUGUCAAAUUGUAAAAUGAAUAAAGAUGCCACUUUUUACUCGGUUUAUCUUGUUUCCUUUUCUA